UUGUUAAAAAGGAACGAAUUUUCCGCAGUGCUGCCAAUUUCACGACGUCAAAAAUCAGAAAUAACUUGUCUCAAAUCCACCAUUUUCCCUUUGUAACUAACCGGUGUUCAAAACACGUGUCGCGUGUUAAAAUAGCAGAAUGAACACCGAGAAACUCAAAAAAUUGCAGUCACAAGUCCGCAUAGGCGGCAAGGGAACUCCGAGGCGUAAGAAGAAGGUCGUCCAUGCGACCGCCGCCACAGAUGACAAGAAACUGCAAUCAUCUCUCAAGAAAUUAUCAGUAAACACUAUCCCCGGCAUCGAGGAAGUGAAUAUGAUAAAAGAUGACGGCACAGUAAUACAUUUUAACAACCCUAAAGCUCAGGCAUCGCUUGCGGCGAACACUUUCGCUAUCACCGGUCAUGGAGAGAAUAAGCAAAUAGCUGAGAUGCUCCCCGGUAUUCUGAGUCAACUGGGACCUGAAGGGUUAAAUCAGUUAAAGAAAAUCGCGUCGAGUGUGGCGCCGCCGAAACCUCUCGACGAGGACGACGAAGUACCUAACCUCGUUGGUAAUUUUGAUGAAGCGUCAAAGCAGGAAGCUAAGGAGGUAGUCACUGAGGAUAAGGAAAAGGAAAAAGAAAAGGAGAAAGAGAAAGAGAAGGAAAAAAAACCAGAAACAGAAACCAAAGCGGACAAAAAAAUUGAUUAAAUAGACCCCAUGAAAACAUCUAGUUUUUAAUUUUGCUCACCUGAUGAAGUGAACUUAGUGGGUUUCCAAAGGCAUUGAGGUGUGUCUCAAAGAAAUAUUGGUUUUGUAUUUUAUGUUGUGUUCCUAAAUAGUUGCGUUCCAGUUUUGAAGUUGUUGGUGAUGGUGCCUAGCGGAAGGGACACUAUUUUUUUUAGCUCAUGACUUUGGAAAUUCUCUGUACAGCCAACUCGAUAAAUGCUUUUUAUGCCAUGCACUAACAUUUAUAUUGUAAAAUUAAAAUAAUGGACUUCCCUUAAAUAGAAAUAGUUCAAAGUACCUAUUAAGAUAUUGGCUAUAUAGAUACUGCAUAGUAUUAAAGAAUUAUUGCAUAAUUUUUUCUUUUCACAGCACAGGAAAUAAAAAUAUAAUUAUAUGUAUAGUGAAGAAAGGUGUCAAGUGCACCUGUUAAUAUUUUAUAAAAAAGGAUUUUUCUAAAGUUGUUGAUUCAAACUGGUAUAAAGUAUAUGCUUUCUCAUUUCAAACUUAGGUUUAAACAAAGUGAAUUUAGUCACAGACAGCUCUUUAGGAUAAUAGAGCUAACAUUGUAUAAAAAAAAACCAUUAAAAUUAAAAAUGUAAAAGAUCGGGUUCACAGUUGUGUAAGAACAUGACAUAAACUUUGAUCAAAGAAAACAUUGUUUCAUUUUUAGUUAAGUUAUAUGAUUCAUAAUCUGUCAUCAUUUUUUAUCUGUUACAAUCAUAAAAGGUUAAGUGGGCUGAUUAAUCAGCCUAUGAGUUGUGUCUGCGGGCAAAGGUGUCUUCGCUUAGAUCUUAUUCCACCAAUCUGCUCUAGGGGCUGCUGAAGUGACUUCACAAUGCUUUCCUUCACCACUGAGCAGAAGAUAAAUUAAUAACACAAAUUAAGUUUAUGAAAUUCAGUAGUUGCCUGAUUUGAACCUGCAAUCUUUGGUUAAGAUUCACAUGCUCUAACCACUGAACCAUAACCCAACCAAUGUGUCCUUACUCAAAAUUUUAAUCUACCAAAAAUAAUUAUUAAAAAAAUGAUA